AUGUCAGACUACAAUACCUCAGAAGUUAAAAUUUUUUUCUUGAUUGGGAUUCCAGGAUUAGAGCAUGUUCACAUAUGGAUUUCUAUCCCGGUCUGCUUCAUGUAUUUGAUUGCUAUCCUAGGCAACUGCACCAUCCUGCUUGUGAUCAAGACAGAAACCUCUCUCCAUGAGCCCAUGUACUAUUUCCUCUCUAUGCUGGCCAUCUCUGAUCUAGGACUCUCCCUCUCCACCUUACCAACUAUGCUGAGAAUCUUCUUGUUCAAUGCACCAGGAAUCACCCCUGAUGCAUGCUUUGCCCAAGAGUUCUUCAUCCAUGGCUUCACUGUCAUGGAAUCCUCAGUGCUUCUGAUCAUGUCUUUCGAUCGGUUCAUAGCCAUUCAUAACCCCCUGAGAUACAGCUCUAUCCUAACUACUGCUAGAAUUUCUAAAAUGGGGCUGGUUAUGGCCAUCAGGAGCUUCCUUUUAGUGCUUCCAUUUCCCUUAACACUAAAGAGGCUGCACUAUUGUCACAAAAAUCUCCUGUCCCACUCCUACUGUUUCCAUCAGGAUGUCAUGAAGCUGGCAUGCAGUGACAACAGAGUCAAUGUUAUCUAUGGUUUCUUUGUUGCCCUCUGUACCAUGAUGGACCUGGCGUGCAUUGCCUUAUCCUAUAUACUAAUCCUAAAAACAGUUCUUGGACUUGCCUCUUUCUCAGAGAGACUCAAAGCUUUCAACACGUGUGUCUCUCAUAUUUGCGCAGUACUCAUCUUCUAUGUGCCUAUCAUCACCCUAGCUGCUAUGCAUCGCUUUGCUAAGCACAAAUCUCCAUUCAUAAUGGUCUUCAUUGCCAAUGUCUUCCUGUUGGUGCCACCCCUGAUGAAUCCCAUUGUGUACUGUGUGAAGACAAGGCAGAUCCGGGAGAAGAUCCUUGAGAAAUUUUUCACCAAAUGUAGUAGAUAA